AUGGCGCCCCGACAGGUGGGGAGCAGGAGCAGAGUGGCAGCCGAGCUGUUUGAACGAAGCGGCGGUCGCUGUGAGGACAAGAAGCAGACCCUGUUGGCGCUGCUGAUCUUGGUGCUGUACAUGGGCGCCGGGAUAUCAGGGAGAAGUUGGGAUGUGUCAGAAAGGAUCAGAGAGUGCAGCUGCCCCCAACAUCCUGUGGCUUCCCAGGGGUUCGAACACCAGGCCAGUGGCCCCAUGAAAGAGCCGAUAAGGGUCAUCAGGACCUGGCUGAAGGAGAACGUGCAAGCUUUCUUGGAAAAGCUGGAGAGCGAGGUGUGCAAGAUGGAGCGGCUGGUGCGGGACCUGGAGGAGUGGCUGGAUCUCCUCCUGGGGGAGGGGCAGCCCCAGGGGCCCUGCUGCACCCACAGGAAUCACUUGUAG